GCGGGCGGCUCCUUCCUAUCAGCUGACCGCCACAAGAACGCGGCGUGACGUCACCGCCCACACCCGCUAUAUAAGGCUGCCCGGAGAGCAGCUAGGCACAGUCAACCUUCAGACGGUCAAGAGUCAACAUGAACACAAAGGUCUUCUUCCUCCUGGCGGGCGUGGCCGUGGCCCUCGCUGCCCCUGACCGCCCCGCAACCAGCUACGGCGUCCCCAGGGACUCCGGCUCCUUCGAGCACUUCCGCCCCUCCUCCGACUCCUUCGAGCACUCUGCCUCCUUCGAACACUUCCGCCCCUCCUCCUCCUCACGCUCCUUCGAGUCCUACGAGUCCGACGAGUCCACCGAGGCCAAGUACGCCUUCCAGUGGUCCGUGGAGGACGAGUCCACCGGCAACGACUUCGACCACCAGGAGGCCCGUGACGGCGACGACACCCAUGGCGUGUACACCGUGAGGCUUCCCGACGGCCGCCUGCAGACCGUCACCUACAUCGUGGACGGUGACGACGGCUACGUGGCCGACGUCAAGUACGAGGGCGUGGCUCGCUACCCCGACUCCCACUCCCGCGAGUCCUUCGAGUCCGCCUCAGGCUCCUUCGAGAGCUACGCUCCCCCCAGGAGGUCUUACUUCGCCCCUGGCUCCAACGAGUCCAAGUAAACACUGAAGGAACCUCAGCUCCCGCCAUGACUUCGCCUCAAGACCUUUCACACUUCGUCAAACACUUGUCUCUUCUCACUCAGUCUACUGUGACCGAGUGCCUCUUGUAAAUUAUUGCUUAUUUAUUUAAUUAAACGUUCUGGUUAUUA